AUGAAAUUUCUGAUACUAGCAAUCUCUCUCUUCAUAGUCAAUAGUAGUAGGUUGACUGCAGAUAUUUAUGUGGAGUCCCUUUGCCCUUAUUGCAUGAUGUUUAUUAAAGAUUCACUUUAUACGGCAAUUACAACUCCAGACAUCGAAUAAAUGGUUCACAUAAGAUUAAUUCCUUACGGAAAUACUAAAAGAAAAAUUGUCGCUGGAAAAUGGGUGUUCACUUGCCAACAUGGCGAAACUGAAUGCUAUGGGGAUUUGAUUGAAUUAUGUGCACAAGAUAGUAUAGUCAAAGCAUUGGGAGCUGCAGCAGCAGAAAUUCCUAAGGCUGGAGUUGUCCAUUGCAUGGAAGACUUUAUUUAGAAGCCUUAUACAAAUAACUCAUUUGUUUAAGCAGCAUACCAUUGCCAAUAAUAUUAUCCAUAUGAUGCAAAUGAGGUCAUCAAUUGUGCUAGUAAUUCAAAUGGAGAAUUGUUACAUUUAGUUGCUGCUGAUGAAACUGAUAAUCUUAUUCCCAAACAUCUGGGAGUUCCUUGGGCAGUGGCUAAUAAGAAAUAUACUGAAGAAUCUGGCGAUGAAAUCAUCAAUAAUUUGCUUAGAUGGGCAUGUCAAAAUUAUGAUGGAGAAAAAAUUGCAGCAUGUUAUACUUAACAGGAAUGAUUUAUUCAAGUUAUAGAAUUACAUAAACUAAACUGUUUUUAGUA